AUGGCCAGAGCCACCUUGAACUUCCCACCUCCAACAUCCUGCUUCCGCCAAGUGUCUCACCUCCACAGGCCAACAACUCCCCCAUCCGCCUUCCACGUCAGCUCAUCCGCCGCAACCAUGGCCCACCACCACCCUUCCCUCGAAAUCCUCGGCGGCGCCAAAGACACAUUCCUCCCUUCCCUCCCCUCCCUCACCCGACCCUACAACCCCUUCCCCGUCUUCGCCUGGAACCGCCACGUGGAGACCAUCUUCGCCGCCUUCUUCCGCUCCACCCCCGACGUCAAGCUCCGCCGCGAGUGCCUCCGCACCCAAGACGACGGCUCCGUCUCCCUCGACUGGGUCCCUGGCGACGACCGCGUCCUCCCCGCCCAUGCUCCCCUCCUCAUUCUCCUGCCUGGUUUAACCGGAGGAAGUGAUGACUCGUAUGUGAGGCACAUGCUGAUCAGAGCUAGAAAUAGAGGGUGGAGAGUUGUGGUGUUCAACAGCCGCGGUUGUGGUGGUAGUCCUGUUACUACUCCUCAGUUCUAUUCGGCUUCAUUUUUAGGAGAUAUAUGUGAGGUGGUAGACCAUGUUGGUGGGAGGUAUCCGGAAGCUAAUCUCUAUGCCGUAGGAUGGUCUCUUGGCGCUAACAUUCUAGUUCGGUAUUUGGGGCAGGAAUCUGAUACGUGUCGCCUAUCUGGUGCUGUGUCAUUGUGUAAUCCUUUCAAUCUGGUGAUCGCGGAUGAGGAUUUCCAUAAGGGAUUUAAUAAUGUUUAUGACAAAGCUCUAUCAUAUGCUCUCUGCAAAAUUUUCAAGAAGCACGCAUUGCUCUUUGAAGACAUGGGUGGUGAAUAUAAUAUCCCACUAGCUGCUAAUGCCAAAUCUGUCAGGGACUUUGAUGAAGGACUAACUCGUGUUUCAUUUGGUUUCAAGUCCGCGGAUGACUACUACUCUAAUUCUAGUAGUUCAAACUCCAUAAAAAGUGUUUGCACACCGUUGCUUUGCAUUCAGGCAGCAAACGAUCCAAUUGCUCCAAACAGGGGAAUUCCUCGUGGAGAUAUUCAGGACAAUCCAAAUUGUAUGUUAAUAGUGACACCUCAAGGUGGGCAUCUAGGGUGGGUUGCCGGUGCUGAAGCUCCAUUUGGAUGUCCUUGGACUGAUCCAACUGUGAUGGAUUUCCUUGAUCAUCUGGAGAGGGGAAAAUCUAAUGGCCUACCAUGUACUGGUGAUUUGGAUAAUGUCCAGCAACGUUCGAAGAAGUUGCCUCUAUUGGAAAUUAGUUAGCAAACACUCCAUUCUUUAUAUAUCCACCCAUA